UCCACAGAUGGUGCUGAGUAGAACGAGCAGCAGGCACACUACGAGAUCAAGUGUAGGAGUGUGUGUUUGUUUGUGUGUCUGAGAGAGACAGAUACAGAGAGACUCAUUGGAAAACCACUGUAUUGUGAAGCCAAUAGUAUCCUCUAGUAACACAGAAAAAAAGAGCAGCGUGUUUUCUCAGAGGAGUUGCAGGAAAAGUCUGAGAGAAGAGAAGGAUUGAGUGUUGGAGGAAGAAAAAAAGCCCCCCACCUUCACCAGAGAGCAGGAGGUAAACCACCGACACAAGGGCCGCACUGACACAUCCAAGGGAGUGGAGGAGUGAAGAGGACACUUGCUGCAGGACUUUGUCAAAGUAGAAGUCUUCCUUGGAUUGUUUUUUUUGUUGUUUUUUUUUUCACUCUGAAGCCAGAAUCCUACUUUUGUGCUGACCUUUCCACGUACUCCUCCCCCCACCCCUACCCCAGCCAGGAGCAAAGAUGAGCUGCAGGAAAAGGUGCAAGCGGGAGAUCUUCAAGUUCGCACAGUACCUGUACAGACUUGUCACGGGCACGCUCAACACCGACAGCGUUGAAGAUGAGCUUGAACUGUCUACAGUCCGCCAUCGCCCCGAGGGCCUGGAGCAACUGGAAGCCCAGACAAGUUUCUCCCGAAAGGAGCUACAGAUCCUUUACCGCGGCUUCAAGAAUGAAUGCCCCAGUGGAGUCGUCAACGAAGAAACUUUUAAAGACAUCUACGCACAGUUCUUCCCACAAGGAGAUGCUUCAACAUACGCUCAUUUCCUGUUCAAUGCAUUUGACACAGAUCACAAUGGCUCUGUGAGUUUUGAGGAUUUUGUUAUGGGCCUUUCUAUCCUUCUGCGAGGCACAAUCCAGGAAAAACUCAACUGGGCUUUCAACCUGUAUGAUAUCAAUAAAGAUGGAUAUAUCACUAAAGAGGAAAUGCUAGACAUCAUGAAGGCCAUCUACGACAUGAUGGGAAAAUGCACAUACCCUGUCCUCAGAGAGGAGACGCCUCGUCAGCAUGUAGAAGUAUUCUUUCAGAAGAUGGAUAAGAAUAAAGACGGAGUGGUAACCAUCGACGAGUUUAUCGACUGUUGCCAAAAUGAUGAAAACAUCAUGCGAUCAAUGCACCUCUUUGAAAAUGUUCUUUAACUUUUGGCUGACUGCGGAGGCUUUGGAAGAGAACAUCAUCUUUAGCUUGGCCCAAUAACUGACAUGGACUCAUACUGUGUACAGUGUGCUAUGCAGACUUUUGAUCAUACAUAAAAAAAUUAUUGUUCAUUACUGUGGGCUAGCAAGUAGAAGUAGGCAAUAUGGUGCGAACACUCUGGAAUGAGUUGCAUUUUGACAAUUUUAUUGAAUAAAAACUUAAUAAGAGGAAAAAAGUGAAAAUGAAAACAUAAACCCUUAAUGGUCUUCACCAUUAGUCUCUGGACUGUCUUUCUAUUCUGCAAACUGCAUUAUGGAAACACACACGGGAAAAAGAGAUUUGCGUUGAAGGGGUUUUUAGAGAGAAUGCUUCUAUCUCUGCAGCCUUGACUUUUAUUUACUGCCAAGUGGAAUCACUGUGAAUUUUUACAGCAUACAAAAACCAGAACUAAAUACCUGAGGUAACUUCACACCCCUCUCCGUUUUUACAUUCCAGACUGGCUCUCAAUUCCAGAGUGUUCUUACCCCGACUUAGUUACCCAUUGUGGCUGGUCUUUUUUUUUUUUCUCUUUCAAGGAAGCAUUUAGGAAAAAAGAAAACAUACAUUGUACCAUUUUUAAAGUGUAUAUACUACAGAUAGCGCAUUAGAUCAAAACUUUUCAACUUUGUUCAUGUUUACUUGCCAACUAGAAUGAGACAACACAAGGAUUGUAUUGAUGUCAAAAUCGGACCAUAAUAUCAAUGGUUUGUCUACAGAAGCACACAGGUAACUAUAUUUCCCAUGAGUAUAGAAUUAGACGACGGUAUUUUUUGUCAUAAGAUCAAUGCUGCUUUCAGUGUAUUUCAUUUAACUGUAUGUAUAUUUCCUGUAAAGUAAACCAUCUAUCAAUA